AUGAUUUAUUUAUUAUAUACGAUCCUGUUUGGAGGUAAUGCUCAUUUACCAUUAAGAGUCCUCUACCAUUUUCCCUCAGCCCUCGUAGUUGCUUUGACUCCUGCUCGUUCAAGUCUGGCACCGCCUUCAACUAAUGUCGUUUCAAGUAUUCCAACUGGAUUGCCACCUGUUGGAGUCCCGAUCUCUGCAACUUGUCCCAUUCUGCCCUCUAACGUGCCUGGCCAAACUGGCCCAGUAGCUAUUCUCUCUCCUCUGCCUCAUGGCGCCACUGCCCCACAGAUAGGUGCUGGGCUCGUCCAUGUUGGCCAACCUUCUGGUCAUAAUCACCCGGUUUCAUCACCUGGUGGCCUCCUUCUGACUGGUAUGUCGCAACACCACUCAGCACAACUACCAAUGUCAGCCCCAGUAGCAUCAGCCUCAGCUUUGCAGGCCCCAGUUGCUACGCUGCAACUAGCACCAACUCCACAAAUCGCGCUGCAGCGUAGCCCUUCGCCACUAUUCAUUCCUGUUCCGCCCAGGACCUCGCGGGUGCUUCAUUCGGAGAUCUAUCAACGGUAA